AUGUUUUUAAAAAAUAUAAUACCAAAACCAUAUAAAAAAUUUGGAUUAAAGAGUAGGAUAGCAUUAGUAGAAGCAGCAAUUACAAUGCUAUCCUCUAUUUAUUCAUUUAUACCAUAUGGAUUUAUAUUUAAUUCAAGCACUUUAUGUCUAGUUCCAGUAUUUUGUAUAAUGGCGUCAUGUAAUAUUUCAUCAUUUACGAGUAUUCAUUUAGGAGCCACUAGUUUCUAUGGAUCAUUGAUUGCAAAUAUUGUAUGGAUAACUUUUAUAACAACAUUUCUAUUUUCAUAUUUAAUUGCCACCAGUGUUAGUUUACCAUCAAGGAAAUGGAUUGGUGGAUUAUUUAUGAAAAAAAUGUUUUUAGAUAUCAUUGUAAUAUUAUAUUUCACACCAGUUGAAAUUGUCAGAAUUAAUUGUUGGCAAAAUAUACUUGGAGCAUGUUAUGUUUUCUCUUCAAUUAUAAUUGGUCAUAUUUGUUUUCCAACUUUAGCAUCACGUUUAUUAUUUAAAAAAACUUUAAAAACUUUAAAAACAACUAGAAUUUAUUUUAGAGCAAUUGGUCAUCAAUUACAAUAUAAAUUAGAUCUUAAUAGUGGUUAUAUAUUAAAUAAUAAUAGUAAUAAAAAUAAUAAUAGGAAUAAUAAUAAUAAUUUUAAAAAUUCAAACGAUGCAUUUUCACCAAAUACUUUUGAAAAUGUUGAAAAUCAAUUAAUUAAAGAACAACAAUUAAAAAAAUCUCAAAUUGAUCAAUUUCCACCAAUUAUUUUAAAUUCACCAACUUUAUCUUCUUCUUUAUUAAUUCAAACUAUUAAUAAUGAUAAUAAUAAUAUUGAAAAUAAUAAUAAUAUUAAUGAAAAUAAUAAAAAUAAUAAUAAUAAUAAUAGUAAUAAUAAUGAUAAUAACAAUAGUAAUAAUAAUAAUGAUAAUAAUAUUAAUAAAAAAAAUAAUGAUAAUAAUAAUAAUAAUAAUAAUAAUAAUAAUAAUAAUAAUAAUAACGAAGAAAUUUUUGAAGGAUUAAAAUUAAAAUUACCAUUGACAAGAUCUAUUUUAAUUGAAAAAAAUUCAGUAUCACCUUUAUCAAUAGACAUACCAAUGGUAGCUACAAAUAACACAAAUAAUAAUACAGAUCCAAUAACUUUAAAUGAUAAUAAUUCAAGUUUAUUUGUUAAUGAUUCAACCUUUUCUAACUCAAUGAUUCUUAAUGGUAAUGUUGAAGUUAUAGACAUUGAUACAAAUAAUAAUAGUAGUAUUAAUAAUAAUAAUAGUAGUAGUAAUAAUACAAAUAAUGAAAAUAAAAAUAAAAAUAAAAGAAAUAGUAAAGAUAAUAUUAUAGAAAUUGAAAAAAUUAAAACAAAAAAAGAAAAUAAAAAAACUAUAGAAGAAAGUAAAACUCAAUUUAAUGAAAAAGAAUUUCAAAGAUUAGAAAGUAGAUUAACAAAUGAAAUUUUAAGAAUGACAGCACUAUAUAAUGAAGCAAAAUUAGAAAGAUGGAAUAGUGAUUUAAUUUCAAAUUAUAAUAAAUUAGUAUUAUUAUUUGAAUUAUCAUCAAAACAAUUAAUUUCAAUUAAACAAGCAAUAAAGAAUGGUUUUACACCUCUAGCAAGUCAAGAAUUAAUUUAUCCAUUAAUUCCAUUCAUUGAAUGUUUAGUUGAAGAAGUUUAUUUACAAAUGGGUUUAAUGAUUGAUAUAUUAUCUUCAAAUAAUCCAAAUUUUAUAAUUAAUAAUGAUAAUAAUAAUUUAAAAAAUAAUAAUUUAAUUGAUAUUGUUAGUUCAAUUUUAGAAGAAUCAUUUGAUGAAUCUGAAGAAUUAGUAAAAAGAGUUAGAGGUGCAUUUAGAAAUUCGGUUGAAGAAUUUGAAAGUUAUGGUCAUCAAGUUUUAAGUUUUCCUGAAAUUACUUCAGUUUGUUAUUUCUUUCAUAAUAUUAUGACAUUUACUUUACAACAACGUCAACUAGCUGAUUUACUUAUAAAAGUUAAAAAACAACAACAUAAAGAAUCAUGUAGAUGGGAGUUGAUAAGAAAUGGUUUACUAUUUAUAUUAACUGGUCUACCAAUUUUCUUUAUAAAUAAAUUCAAGAAAUUAAUAAAUUUCAUUAAAAAUCAUAAAGAAAAAGAAAAAAAACAACAACAAGAACAACAACAACAACAACCAUUUGAUAAUCAAAAUAUUAAAAAAGAAAAAAAAAAUAAUUAUUUUAAAAGAUGUAUUAAAUGGAUUGAAUUUAAUUGUAUAAGAGAUAAAAAAUGGGGAUAUCCAUUAAAAGUUGCAUUUGGUUUAAUGUCAUCAAUUAUUGCAUUUUAUUAUUUUGAAGGCAGAAGUCAUGGUGAUUUAGUAAUUCAUGGUAUUUGGACUUGUGCAACCGUAAUGCUAGUAAUGGUACCAUCAGUAGGAGCAACAAUAACUCGUGGAACAAAUAGAAUUAUUGGAACUAUUUUUGGAGCAUUUAUUGGAUUUUUAACAUCACUACUUUGUAGUAUUAUUCCAACACCGGGUAAAGAAAUUGUAAUGUUAAUUAUAAUUUUCAUAUUCACUUAUAUAAUAUCAUUUCCACAACAAGAUGUACGUUAUUCAUAUGCUGGUGCAGUUUCAGGUGUAACUUUUUUAAUCAUUGUAUUAGGUCAAAAUCUUAGUAAAAAGUUUGAAUAUAUGUAUGCAGUACUUAGAGCAUUCCAUAUAGUAAUGGGUGUAGUAUGGGUUAUUUUUAUUAGUUUAUUUAUUUUCCCAUUUUUUACUUAUAAAGCAACAAGAAUUAAAAUAUUUAAAGUUACCAAUAAUUUAUCAGAUACUUUUAUAAAUAUUAUUGAAAAUGGGUUAAGAUUAAAAGAACCAAUUAAAGAUUUAAAAAAUAAUUUAUCAAUAUUUAAUCAAAAUGAAAAUGAAAAUGAAAAUGAAAAUGAAAAUAAUAAUAAUCAUAAUAGUUUUUCUAAUGAUAAAAUCGAAGAAAAGAAUAAAAUAAUUUUAAAAUUAAUUGCAAAUGAUCAAAAUGGUAUUAAUAAUUUGAUAACAACAAAGUCAAAUGAAAAUUUAAUAUCAAUUGAAAGAGAAAAUAAAAAGAAACAAUCACUUGAAUCAAUUAGAUCAAUUAGAGUUGGUAUUGAUCAAAUUAAAGCAUCACUAUAUGAUAUUAGAUCAGAAAUGUGGUUUGUAUCACCAUCUAAAGCUAAUAGAUACUUUUCAAUAGUUGAGAAAAUGGAUGACUGUUUAACAACUUUAGUAGCAUUAGAAAAUUCAUUUAAUCCAAUUUUUAGUGAUAUUUUAAAAUUAACAACAUUUCAAUUAGUAUUUCCUUUAAAUUUAUUAUUUCAACAAUUAAAUCAUUCAAAAUUAUUAUUAAAACAAUUAAUUUCCUCAGGUGGUAGUAGUGGUGGUAGUUGUUGUGGUGGUGGUGGUGGUGAUAAUAAGAAAUCUUCAGCAAAUCAAAAAUUUAUUGAAACCUCAUUAUUAAUUAAAAAUUCUUUAACUCAAAUUGAUCAAUGCUUUCAAAGUACUCGUAUAUUAUUACUAAAUGAAAGUGUAUUUCAUUUUUUAUAUCCUGAAAUGAUUCAAUUCAAUUCAGGUAUGCUAUCAAUUCGUGAUUUCGUUGAAUCUUAUACAUUAUUAUUUGAAGAAUUACAUUUAAUUAGAAAAGAAAAAAGUUAUUUAAAAUCAUUUUUAAGAAUAAAACAAAAAUAA